GUCUCCUUUUUUUUUCUCUUCCCGGCUCCCGUAGCAACAACAAAUGGUUUUGUCCGCCGGUCAUCUUCAUGCUGCCUUACAUUCACUACGGACUUGAUAACGGGACAAGUAGGCGGCCAACCUCCCUCUUGACACGCCAGUACUGUUGCCGUUAUGGAAUACCUACUUCAAGUCAAAGUCGGCGCUUUAUUCGGUCUGUUGCUCCUAACUCUCUUCUUCGGAUUCAUCCCCGCUCGAGUGAAGUGGUUCAGGCGCACAGACGGCACAGAGACUCACCGCACAGUUUUGAGUCUGGUCAGCUGUUUCGCCGGUGGAGUUUUCCUGGCAGCAUGUUUACUGGAUAUCAUUCCAGAUUACCUGUCGGACAUCAACAGUGUGCUGGAUUCUCGCAAUUUGGAGACCAACUUCCCCCUUCCAGAGUUCAUAAUGGCUGUCGGCUUCUUCACUGUCCUCAUAUUGGAACGGAUGGUUCUGAACUGUCGUGAGGCCAGAGCGACUGCAAACGAGAGGGCCCCCCUUAUACAGGGCGACAGGAGGGGCCACAGCCACACCGCGAGUCCGGAUCUGGAGAGCAGUGGCCACCACGUUCACGUUGACUUUCAGGCACACUCGCCUUUUCGCUCCUUCAUGCUCUUCCUCUCUUUGUCGCUUCACUCGGUUUUCGAGGGCCUCACUAUCGGCCUGCAGAACACGGACUCAAAGGUGUUGGAAAUCUGCAUCGCUAUCCUGGUCCACAAGAGCGUCAUCGUGUUCAGCCUGUCAGUCAAGCUGGUCCAGAGCGCCAUCCGUCCGCUAUGGUUGGCCGCCUACAUCGGCGUGUUCGCCGUCAUGUCGCCUUUGGGCAUCGCCAUCGGCAUCAGCGUGAUGGAGGCCCAACUGGAGGCCGGGGCACUGAUCCAGUGUGUUCUGGAGGGCCUCGCAGCGGGCACGUUCAUAUACAUCACCUUUCUGGAGAUCCUCCCUCACGAGCUCAACUCCCCCGGGAAGCAGCUGCUCAAGGUGCUGUUCAUCCUGCUGGGCUUCAGCAUCAUGGGCGCCCUCACUUUUUUAGGCUGAGUCCUCAUAUUUCUACCCCUGGACCCUUUAUAAGGGAACACACUUAAGAAUGCCUGCUGUUUUAAACGUUUUGCUGUAAUUUUUAAUAUAUUCGCAAAAACACAUGAUUUGAAAAUAUAUCUUAUUUUAGGAAGAUUUUAAAAGAAGACCUGUCACGUCUUUGACCUUUGACCUGACUAGAACACUGGAGUUAAGCAUACAUUAUAUAUCAUCCAAUAAGCAUUAAAGACCUUAUGAUUGUACAUUUUUUUACCACCCAGACUUUUUAUGAUGUAGUCUCAAGUAUGGUACGAUAUACAGGUACAACUGAAAAACAAUGAAUAUCUUGCAAGGAUUUUUUAUACCAUAUAUUACAUUUAUAAGGUGAAACUAAUAUAUGACACAGGCUCAUGACAUGCAAAUCGAUAUAUUUCAAGCUUUCUUUUUUAAAGCAUUUUUUUUAUAAUGACUUACAGCUGACAAAAACCUAGACUUGAACAUUUCAGAAAAUUUUGGUUUUUAAAAACUAUAAACCAUGAUCAUUAAAAUUAUUGAAAAUGAAGGCUUGAUGUAUUUCACUUUGUAAUGAGUUCAUACCACAUAUUACUUCCACAUUAUUUAAACCGAAUUGCUGACAUGAAUGGACUUCUACACAAUAUUCCAAUUUUUGUAGUUUCACUUGUGUGUACAUAUCCAUAUAUACGUAUAUGGAUUUACAUAUAUUAUAUGUAUAUACAGGCCAAAAGUUUGGACACACCUGCUCCUUCAAUGUAUUUUCUUUAUUUUCAUGACUAUUUACAUUGUAAAUUGUCACUAGAGGCAUCACAACAAUGAAUGAUGAAAAAAAUGUGAAAUAACUGAAAACGUUUUAUAAUCUAGUUUCUUCCAAAUAGCCACCCCUUGCUCUGAUUACUGCUUUGCACACUUUUGGCAUUCUCACCACGAGUUUCAAGAGGUAGUCACCUGAAAAGGUUUUCAUUUCACAAGUGUCAUAGUUUUGAUGCUUUCAAUGACAAUCUACUAUAUAAAUAGUCAUGAAAAUAAACAAAACUCAUUGAAAUGAGAAGGUGUGUCCAAACUUUUGCCCUGUACUUUAUAUAUACAGUGGGGCUAAAAAGUAUUUAGUCAGCCACCGAUUGUGCAAGUUCUCCCACUUAAAAUGAUGACAGGGGUCUGUCAUUUUC